CCGAUCCGGCUCGCACGCGGACGGGAGGAGGCGGGGACAGGCGAGUCCUUGCGCGUGCCCACAGAGGAAGCGGAAAUGCGUGUGGAUAUUAAAGGCGUCGUCCCGCCUCCUCUUUGUCUCUUUCCGUCUCCGGCUGCCUUAGCGAGAGGAGCCGCCGCCGCCAUGUCGGCCCACCUGCAGUGGAUGGUCGUGCGGAACUGCUCCAGCUUCCUGAUCAAGAGGAACAAGCAGACCUACAGCACUGAGCCCAACAACCUGAAAGCCCGCAACUCGUUCCGCUACAACGGGCUGAUUCACCGCAAGACCGUGGGCGUGGAGCCGGCGGCCGACGGCAAGGGCGUGGUGGUGGUCAUGAAGCGCAGAUCCGGCCAGCGGAAACCUGCCACCUCCUAUGUGCGGACCACCAUCAACAAGAACGCCAGGGCCACCCUCAGCAGUGUCCGGCACAUGAUCCGCAAGAACAAGUACCGCCCAGAUCUGCGCAUGGCUGCCAUUCGCAGAGCCAGUGCCAUCCUGCGUAGCCAGAAGCCUGUGAUGGUGAAGAGGAAGCGGGCCCGCCCCACCAAGAGCUCCUGAGCCCCUGCCCCACCUCCAGAGCAAUAAAGCAGUCAGCCUCCUCA